AUGGUGGUUGUGGUGAAAAUUGAGGCCACGGUGGAAAUAAAGGUCAUGAUGGAUAUGGUGGAUAUGGUGGUCGUGGAGGUAAUUGUGGCCAUGGAGGCUAUGGAGGCUAUGGUGGUCGCGGAGGUAAUGGGUGACAUGGAGGCAACAGUGGUCAUGGAGGACAUGGAUAUCGUGGACGUGGGGGCUACGGUGGCCAUGGAGGUCAUGGUGGUCAUGGAGGAUAUGGAGGCUAUGGUGGCCGUGGUGGUCGUGGGAGUAAUGGGGGCCAUGGAGGAAAUGGUGGUUAUGGAGGAUAUCAUUGAGUCCCCUGGUAAUGGUCGUGUUUCAACCACUGGCCAUACUUUUGGUAGUCUAGCCGUGUACCGAUGCUACCGUGGAUUUAUACUUGAACCAGCUGAGUUCAGUACCAGGAGGUGUCUACAGGGAGGAGUAUGGUCAGGACUACCGCCAAGAUGCCGUUCACCAGUUACUUGUUCAAGUUUAUCAGCUCCAGCAAAUGGUAAUGUUGAUAUUAGUAGGAGAACUCCAGGUGGUGUGGCAACAUACUCGUGUAACGAAGGAUUUACACUCCAGCCCUCAGCAUCAAGAACAAGGACAUGCCAGAGAAACGGAAGGUGGAGUGGAGUUGGCCCAAUAUGCAGAGCAAAUAGAGCUAAUUGUGGUGAUCCUGGGACACCAGUUAAUGGGAGGAGAGUAUUAGGAACCACACUAGAGGGUGACACUGUUAGAUAUUUUUGCAGACAAGGCUUUGAGUUAGUAGGAAAUCGAGAAAGAGUGUGUCAAAGCAAUGGGCAAUGGUCUGGCCAGUUACCUCUCUGUAGUAGACUGAUUGACUGUGGUGGUUUACUAAACCCUCUCAACGGGAGAGUAUUGCUAACUGGUACUGACGCUGGUUCAAGAGCAACUUAUUCAUGCAAUGAAGGGUUUGUACUACAAGGACCACAAAGACGAGUGUGUCAAGCUAAUGGUCAAUGGUCUGGUCGGGAUCCAACGUGUAUUCCAAGAAGAAAUAGCUGUGGGCAAUUGCCUAAUCCAAGAAAUGGUCGUGUAACACUAACAGGUACAACUGCAGGAUCACUAGCAGUAUAUACUUGUAGGAGAGGCUUUAGACUAGUAGGCAAUGUACAAAGAUCUUGCCAAAAUAAUGGACAGUGGUCCGGGAGUGAGCCAAUAUGCAGAAGAAAUAUUGUUUUUCCCCCAACAGUUUCCCCGCCACUACCACCUGGAACCUCCUGCCCAAAUCCUCUCAGUCCAGCAAAUGGUCAAGUACAAUUAGUAAUAACUAACAAUAGGAUCACAGCUACAUACAGUUGUAAUCCUGGCUUCCGUUUAGUAAGAGGAUCACGUGUUAGGGUUUGUCAAAAUGACAACACAUUCAGUGGUAGAGCACCAAUAUGUGUAGAAAUUGGGGGACCAAUUCCACCAUUUCCACCAGGUCCACCAGGAAUAAAUUGUCCAACUCCUGCCAGUCCAGCCAAUGGUCAAGUAGUAGUUACUCAAAGGAAUAACAGAUUAGUAGCUACAUACAGCUGCAAUGCUGGCUUCCGUUUAGCAAGAAGAGCAAGAGUUAGGUUCUGUCAAAAUGAUGACACAUUCAGUGGCAGAGCACCAAUAUGUGUAGAAGAUGGACGCCCAGGCCCACCAUUUCGUCCACCUGGAUUUCGUCCACCUGGAUUUCGUCCACCUGGAUUUCGUCCACCAGGAUUUCGUCCACCUGGAUUUCGUCCACCAGGAUUUCGUCCCCCUGGAGGACGUUCCCGAUCCAGGUCAUUUAGUCGCUCCAAUUCAAGGUCAUUUUCCAUCACAACUGGUUCAAGGUCAUCUUCCAUCACAACCCGCCCUCCUAUCCGUCCACCAUUUCCCCCGCCAACAGGAGGUACUUGUCCUCAUUUGACCCCACCAAAAGGAGGAUUGGUUAGAGUGAUUGGGUUUGAAGUUGGAGACACAGCAACAUACAGCUGCUCCAGAGGGUUCACUCUAGUUGGUCCUCCUGUAAGGAGGUGCACUAGAUCUGGGAACUGGUCCCGUUCACAGCCAAACUGUGUGCCUGAUGAUCUUGUCCAGCACCUGGAGAAAAACUACUAAACUACUUCAAUAUGUACACAAAUUUUUCCAUUAAUAAUAUUAAUUAUACCAUUUGUUUUUCACAUGUUAAGUUAUUAUUUUCGUAAAUUGAUUUGAUUUGAAAAUAUUUUUUUCAACAUUCAAAUCUUUAAAAUUUUUAGGCCUACAUAAUUUUCUCCAUAGACAAUAAAAA